GACAUUUAGCGUUUCAGUGACAAACAGCUGUGUGUUCGUGGUUUUUGUAGAGUUCGGAUCUGUGACAUUCAAAACAUUCUUUUUUGUAAACUUUUGAAAGAACAAUGUUUCAAUAUAUUGCUGUGAUCUCAAAAGGGUUGUGAUACUAAGGAAUUAGAAGAAAUUCACAAUUUUUUACCCGAUUUUAGCAUGGUCCAAAGAAGCAUUGACCCUAGGAUCACUAUCAAAGGCAGCUACUACUAACUAUGGUAUUCAGUCUUAGUUUUAUAAAGUAAGAUCCCAAGUAGCUACGGCUUCAAGAUGACAAGCGAUAAAGGGGUAGUGGCGGCAAGAGUCAAUGUAUGCUAUGACCGGAUUGUACUCGGAAAGUAUCCCAGAGGAACACGCUGAAACAUGUUCUGAUGAUCUUGGCACUACCAAGUGUACCACUGCUUUUUGUCAUGGUACUGACACUGUUGUUAAGUGUCAUAGCAGAAAUCCUUCAUCAGGAUUUGACCCUCAUAGGACUGUGCAUUCGGCUGUCGGAACUAUGGGCCGAACCAACGAACCACCUGUGAUACUGAGAGAUUUAAAGGACUGCGGCAUACUUGGUUUUAGACCUUCCUGUGUACAAAGUUUGGCUAGUAUAAAGUUUUUCGUUUUGCUGCUGUCUUUCCUGGUCACUCUGCAACAAGCGCUAAGUUCUGGAUAUAUCAAUUCUGUGAUAACAACAAUUGAAAAACGUUUUGAGAUACCUUCAAGCCUUUCGGGGCUUGUGGCAUCUUCUUAUGAAAUUGGAAAUGUGAUAACAGUGAUAUUUGUAAGUUACUUGGGAAGCCGCCGGCAUAUACCAGUAUGGAUCGGUGUUGGAGCGGUUAUAAUGGGGAUAGGUUCUCUUAUAUUUAUGGUUCCGCACUUUAUAGCGGAUGAAAAUAUUGAAGUGACUGAAGUGAAUAACAGUGAAGAUAAUAUGUGUCGCGUAGUGACUGUUCAUGAACAGGAUAUGGGACUGGGACGGUUAUCUUCAAGUUUAUCUUCACCACCUUUAGCGCCUAAUAAUAUUCGUGGAGACAACUGCAUUCAGGGAUCUCCUUCAACGACUGGACCCGUAUUACUAUUCGUUUUAGCCCAACUUCUCUUAGGCUGUGGAGGGUCUCCCCUCUUCACCCUAGGGACCACUUACAUUGAUGACCAUGUUAGAUCUGAAAGUUCUUCUAUUUAUAUUGGUUGCAUGUACAGCAUGGCAGCGUUUGGUCCAGUUCUUGGUUUUCUACUGGGCGCAUAUUUGCUCUCCUUCCACAUGGAUUCAUUUUCGAAAAUAAUUUCAAUUAAUGCUGGAGACAGCAAAUGGGUUGGCAUGUGGUGGGGAGGGUUUUUACUCUGCGGAUUUCUGCUGGUAAUAGUGGCCGUUCCAUUUUUCUCAUUUCCCAAAGUGCUUACUCAUGAGAAAGAGAAGAUCCGUCUGAUGGAAAAAGAGGCGGCGGCAAAUGGAGCCGGUACUAGUGCAGCUAAUAAAGAUAAAGACAAACAAGUUAAUACAAAUACCAUGGACGACAAUGCCUACGGAAAAGAUAUUAAAGAUAUUCCUAGAUCUAUGUGGAGAUUGGCGUCGAAUCCCGUUUACAUGGUGACCUGCUUAGGCGCAUGUAUGGAGCUGAUAAUAGUUUCGGGAUUCGUUGUUUUCCUUCCUAAGUAUCUUGAGACACAAUUCAGUUUAGGAAAAAGUCAAGCAAGUGUAUUCACUGGCUCCAUCGCUAUACCUGGAGCUUGCAUUGGUAUCUUCAUGGGCGGUUUGAUACUGAAAAAAAUGGAACUGCGUCCAAAAGGGGCCGUUCAGUUCGUCUUAAUAUCCAACACAAUUUGCCUAUUCUGCUAUGGCCUACUUUUCUUUCUCGGGUGCGAUAACUUGAAGAUGGCGGGGACUACAAUUCCAUAUUUCAACAGUACGCAACCUUUUCAAGUCAAUUUGACUGCUUCGUGUAAUUUUGGUUGCGAAUGUAGCAUGAAUGAUGUCGAACCUGUUUGUGGAAACAAUGGGCUGACUUAUUUUAGUCCCUGUCAUGCGGGAUGUACAUCGAUUUUGAGCUCCAAUUACACCAACUGUGCCUGUAUUCAUGGAAAUAUGAGCUUGAAAAAUGGAUCUUCCAUAAAUUACGCUUCUCCGUUAGAGAAUGAUUUCUCGGAGGUGACCAUUGUGCCUGUAGCUACGGCAGGACCAUGUAAUUCACAAUGUCAUACCAUAUAUCCAUUUUUAAUAUUACUAUUUUUUAUGACAUUUAUCGUGGCAAUCACGCAGAUGCCUUUAUUGAUGAUAGUAUUAAGAUCUGUUAGUGAAGAAGAAAGAUCAUUUGCUUUAGGUAUGCAGUUUGUGAUAUUCAGGUUGUUUGGGUAUAUUCCAGCUCCCAUUCUUUUCGGAAACCUUAUCGACUCCACUUGCCUGCUUUGGAAGAGCACUUGCGGCUCAAAAGGAGGACGUUGUCUUCUAUACGAUAUAGAGCAAUUUCGCUACCGAUAUGUGGGCUUAUGUGCGGGAAUAAAAAUUCUUGCAUUAGGAAUAUUUUUAACGGAUUGGUGGCUUGUACGUCGAAGAAAAAUGAUUGACGAAGAUAAGGUCAUAUCUGCAAAUGAAAUUGUAGGAUCAAUAAUCAGUUUAGACAAGCUAUUUGCUGAAGGACUUCAUAGUCGAGGUCACUCACGUUGCCAUUCACGAAAUCUCAGUUCUGCAACAGCACAUGAUUUUCCUCCACCUAACUCACCGAAAACAAUGAAGUUAGUGAAAGAAGCACUGGAAGCACACGUAGCUGCUAAAGCCUCGAUGGCAGCUACUGAAUACAAAAAUGAGUUUUCUGAGAACGAAACUGAUCCUGGUCUUAAACGACGCCACAUUUAGUGCAAUCAAUCUAUAAUUUAUUCCUGCCUAUUUGAGUUACUUAAAGUUUUAGUUGCUCUAAUUUAGUUUAGAGUUUAUGUAUCUUAGCAAUCACUAGAACAUUUUUUCAGUGACAGGUUCCUCUUGGUGUACAAACGCGAACUGGUAUUUUACCAAUUUUUGUCAAUAAAACACUAAUUAAAUUUAAGGAGUAUUAACGUGGAACAAAUUCUAAAUGCGCUAACAAAUAAGAAACUGUCUAUAUUUAAUGUAUGCACACUCAGGGAUCUGUCCUUGUAAAUGUAAGUACAUGAAUUUUCUCAAUAGAUUUAAACUUGAUGUUGAAUUUAUUACACAUCAGCGUUGUUUCGAUAUACGCCACUUGGUCGCUCAAUUAUUAAAAAUAUUUAAAAACAAUAUAAUUAUUGCUAACGUAAGGAAUCCAAAGUUUGUACAAUAAUUGGAACAAUAUAUAUUUUUUACUAAACACUAAUUGGAUAAUUAGGUAAAUUGUUAGCAAAAUAUAUGGAAUAAUGGUAAUCUCUUUUAAAAUACUUGGCUGAUCUUACGAAUUAUGUCCCGAAUGGCAAUAUUUCCACAAACCACAUAUCUUCCAAAAAAAUUGUUACUAAUUAUCGCGUAAUUUCUCACAAGCUUCUAAAUUUUACACUCAAUAGCUUUAGCAGAUGUUUCCUAAUACUAAAACUUAAUUUUUAAUUUAGAUCUAUACCUAGUAAUACAUUUAGUUCAUUGCCAUCUAUAGUAAGUUGACUGCAUUUAAAAGAUUUUAAAGUAAUUUAAAUUUUAGUGUAGCUCACUUACAUCUUAUAAACGAUUAAGUUUGACUGUUGACUUCCUCACACACCCGUAUAUUUUACGCACAUGUCAAUUAUGUUUGAAAAGACUGUACUCUGCAUAUCACAUAUGCCACACUUUUGGCAUUCUCAAAACGAUCUUGAAUACUUAAUAAAAAAUAUAGUUUUAUUGUUGCUAUAUAAAUGCAUCAAAUUUAGUUAGUAUAGCUUGCAUAGUUUCAGCGCAUAUGCUAUAAGUAGCAAGUCAACAGUUUCGUCUUCAAAUAGAAUUGUAAUGUGUCCAUAGCUAUUGUUGGAACACGUUUUUACUUCACCGAUUCACCGUGAUCAUUAAUCAGAUGAUAAUAAAUUUUCUCAUUACUUUAUUCUUCAGUACAGUUUGUCGAAAGUGAUCUCCCCAUGAUUUUAAGGUACUUACGCCUAUUAUUAAGGGUUUAACACAACAUUAAUGGAGCUUAUCAAAGUGUGUUCUAACUGAAUGCAAACGGAGUAAGUAACAUUUUGAUUCGUGGAAACAUUUGCCUUUGAAAUUGUAAGACAUUUCAUUAAAGUUAAAAUCAUUUUUUUGAAGAAUAAUUGCUGUAAGAAGAAAUCGUGCUCAAAAAUAUUCAAUAACUAAUUAACUUCAUGCUUUCAGAAUUUGAAAAGUUUAUUUGGACAGGGGUGUUAGACAAAUUGUUGUGAUUAAUCACAAGGUAUUUGAUUUUUAUCGAACUGGAAGUGUUUCCUGUUUUCCAUUUAUGUGACACUUGCAUUCAGCUUCAUUGCAUUUUUUAUGUAAUGUUCAGCUACAUUCCAUGUAUUGUAUCUUUAUAAUCAAUUUGUACUUAUGAGUAUAAAGUCAGGUUAUAUAUUGCGCCAGAAGUAUGCAGCAAGCUGUAUUCUUUUGUAAAAUGAAAUCACAGUUUAUAGAAAUUAAUUAUAACAAAUUAAUAUUUUUCUGUAAACUUUGAUGAUUGCAAAUGUUUGCAUUUGAUUUUAUCCUUGCAUUUUUGUGAAUCUCAUCAAUUUUAGAUCUGUAGUGCUUUACUUCACAAGUACUUUAAAAUAUAUUAAAAGUCCAAAUUUAAUAAUUUAGUACAGCUCAUCUUUGAUAUUAACUUGAUGAUAUUUAUUUUAUAAUGUCGCGGAAAUGCAAGGAAUUUUAGCUGCUUUGAAUACAAUAUUUUCAAUUAAUCGAAACUUCUCAGAAAGGACUAAGGAAUGAAAUUAAGCUCGAAUAUUGUAAAUCUUAAAAUUUACUCGAAAGCAAUAUGGCAAUUAAGUGUGAUCGAAUGUUUGAUAUUAUGAAAAAGAGAAAGUGUAUUUAGUAGAGGUACAAAUAUUUAUUCUUUUUUUAUUUUAAUAUCAAUGUGUUUUAUUUUUGUUAAUGAUGAUUUUGCUUAAGUUUGUAAUGUGGUUUUAAUAAAACACUUAGGAGUAAA